AUGAAUCAAAGUCCAACUAUUCAUGUGCCAGCAAAAAAGACAGACGAGGUUGAUUGGGCAAGCCCUCUAAAACGUUAUAUUCAAACGACGUACCAAGAAGAUCCCGAGAAGUAUGCUGACGAAGCAAAUUCAAUUCACCGCUUAAGACAAGACAUGAGAGGUGCCGGUAAAGAUAUUACAGGCAGAGAUUUAUUGUAUCGAUAUUAUGGACAACUUGAAUUGCUUGACUUAAGAUUUCCAGUUGAUGAAAAUAAUAUUAAAAUUUCUUUUACAUGGUACGAUGCCUUCACGCAUAAGACAACCUCACAGUAUUCACUCGCAUAUGAAAAAGCGAGUACAAUAUUCAAUAUUGCGUCCGUCCUGUCUGCUAUUGCAACAUCACAAAAUCGGUCAGAACCCGAGGGCCUAAAACGCGCAUUUAAUUUUUUCCAAGCUUCUGCUGGGAUGUACAAUUACAUUAAUGAUAAUUUCUUGCAUGCUCCUUCAACCGAUUUAAGUCGAGAUACUGUAAAAUUGCUUUCUCAACUAAUGCUAACGCAAGCCCAAGAAUGCUUCCUUGAACAGAGUCUAGGGGCUAAAAAUAAACCUGCAUUGAUAGCUAAGAUAGCGGCGCAAGUUGGCUGGUCAUACGGAAAUAUUGUUGAGAAUAUGUCGGAUCUGAUCUCGAGAAGCGUAUUUGACCGUAGUUGGCAGACAGUCUGUCAGAUCAAGCACAAAUAUUUUGCAUCAAUUUCUCAAUAUCAAAAAUCUUUGGCCUGCGAAGCGGAAGUUAAAUACGGCGAAUGUGUUGGUCGACUUAACAUUGCAGAAACCCUGGCCAAGGAGGCUAAUAAACUAUCUAAUAGCUUUGUGUCAGCCUUUUCACCGAAUACAACGCAAACUCUUCCCCCUGACGCUGCGACAUCUUUGCAAGAUCUUACUAAGUCAAAUUUUGCUCUUAUCACGGAGAAAAAAAACUCUGCAACACGGGAUAAUGACAUAGUAUAUCACGAUGUCGUCCCGCAGGAAAAUGUCAUUUCACCAAUUGACAAGUUAAUUUUGGCAAAACCUAUACCCAUACAAGACCUUUACCUACCUAACGAGAUUCAAAGGGUCAUAGGUCCCGAUAUUUUUCAGCGUUUAAUCCCAUUAUCAGUUCAUGAGUCAGCAUCCUUAUACUCCGAAGAGAAGGCCAAGAUAGUUCGCAGUGAGACCGAAAGAUGCGAUCUAGCAAAUGGAGAAAUGGAAGCUGCAUUGGAAUAUAUGAAGUUGCCAGGUGCCUUGUCAAAAUUUCGUAACAACGAUCUCAGAUCUUUCAACGAACUUGCGACUCCUACUUCAGAAGUCAAACAGUGGGCUAAAUUAAUUAAGGAUGAAGAGCAAAAGGGUACUAUUAAAGAUUUAUUAAUGACAUUGAAUAGUUUGAAAGGUCGAUCGAAAGAAGUAUUGGAUCAGAUAUCUCAACUGUUAGAUACUGAGCAGCGAGAAUAUGAAGCCAUGAAAACAAAAUAUGGAGAUUCGUGGAAUCAAGGUUCACCGUCACCGCACACUACAAUUUUUCAUCAGGACCUACUUAGUCACCUCGAUGCGCUUGAGAAAGCCAACAAUUCUGAUAGAGAUGUAUUUCAAAGAUUUGAUCUGGCGAUGUCUGAUAUUACAAUGUUGCGUGACAGCGAAAAUAGUGAUGAAUUGGAAAAGAUCUUUGCUGAAGCGUUAUCUUCUAGUAACAUUAGAGAAGUAGGCAGUUCUAGUUCGAGCGUUGGUGAAAGUCUUUUGGAUGUAGGUGCGCCACAAGCAGAGAGCGAAACUUCUUUCAAGGUCAACAAAAUCGAUGAAUGCCUAAGUAAUUUGUAUAAAGUCAGAAAGGAAAGAAUGGAUACUUUAAACGACUUGAAAGAUAAGACACAUCAAGACGAUAUAUCACACCUUCUCAUUCUAAAUAAGAAGACACAAAAUAUUGAACCACAACUGUUUGCAACUGAACUUGAAAAGUUUUCACCUUAUCGGAAUCGUAUCACGGCUAGCAUUCAUCAUCAACAAGCUUUGUUACAGGAGUUGACUGUGUUGUACAAAAGUUUAAUGGAAGGAGAAGAAGCAAGAAUGUUACAAGAGCGAUGGGAUCUGAUAGAACGCAAAAGAAAAGACGUUUGUGAGAGGUUUCGAAAGGCGAAGGAUAGCUACAUGGAAGUAAAAGACGGAUUAAGAAAGGGCAUCAAUUUUUAUAUUGAUCUUACUGAUCUGAUUGAGAAUCUUGAAAAAACUGUACAAAAAUUUGUAAAAUCUCGAGAACAAGAACGAUUUGAACUGGCACAAUCCAUACAAGUUCAAGUUCAACAAAGAUUGAAAGAUCAGUUGAACAAAUUGAAUACGUCUAGCACUGUUUCCUCUAAUGCUGGAAAUAACUUGUAUGACCCUACACAUUUAACUGAGGAAAUAAGUAAAUUGUCACUUAACUCUGGGGUCCAAGGAACCAGUACAUAUGCUGGUUCCAUUAAUCGGGAAGUAAACACGAACAAUUCUUCUACAAUUCAGAGUGCACAUACUGUAUCUUCAGCUCUUCCGUAUGCACAUAUGCGCCAAGAUUCGUAUCCUUCUGCACUUGCACAAUCUUACGGUAGUCCAUCGGCUCCCCCAAGACCAUCGGCACCUGAGUCGCCGACUUCAUAUUAUGCGGCACCAUCACCUCAACGACCUCCUUCACAAAUUCCUUUACAGCCCUCUUCACAACCUUUAUCUGCAUAUUCUGCGCAGCCGGUACCACCACCAAAAACCCAAGCUCCACCUCUACCUCCAUUACCAACAGGAUAUAAUCAACAAAGUAACGCUUAUGCUCCAUUUCAACCUCAUCAACAACCACCUAUUCAAGCACCCGCAACACAAAUAUCUCAAAGUCAGCCUUAUAAUGGACAAUUCCAACCUCAAUUGCCACCAACUCAACAAAAUCAUCAUAUAAUACAAUCUCCCAAUCAACCUAUUCAACAUUCGCAGCAACAACCUCAACAAUCCUACUCAAGACCUUCAAGUUUGUAUGGUACUCUGCCUUUAUCCCCCACUCAACCAUCAGCACAACCUAGUCAUACACAGGCAAAUUUUCGAUAUUCACAGCCGGUGCCUCAACAACAGGUACCGCCCGCACAGCGAAAAUCAACUUACGAUAGUCACAUUCCACCACAUUUACCAGGCAGUUAUGCUUCAUUGCCUCCUGUACAACAACAGUCAACGUACGAUAGUCACACUACAUCACCUUUACCAGGUGCUUAUGCAUCACUACCUUCCGUACCGCAACAAUAUCAAGCUCCAUCACAACAACAAUACCCAUUGGGGACUCCUACACAUGCGCAACGUCCUCAUCCUCAAGUUUUGCCACCACAACAAUCACCUACUCAAUUUCAAACAAAUUCAGUUCCGUCACAAGUCCCAUUACAACAUUAUCACCACCAGCUUAAUCAACCUAUUCCUUCGCAACAAGGAUACUAUCAACCAACAGCCGCUUCGCAAAACAAUCCAGGGUUCCAGACAAAUUAUGUACAAGCUAUAGUCCCACAGAAACCUACACCACCCAAUUAUGAUAACCGUUCAUUAUUAGAUUAA